AUGUCGUUGGAUGAGCUCGUUGAUAUGUAUAAUCAAAAGUUGAAUUCUUAUGGUGGUCGAUCAACAAUUGCAACUGAUCCAUCACAUCAUACUCCUCAAUCAAUGUUUACAACGAAUACGGGAUUUGAUUCUGUAGUUGAUACAGCAAACAUAGCUAACGCAGCAAAUAUAGCAAAUACAAUGAUAAAUAAUAAUAAUAACAAUUUUGCUUUUACUGAAAAUGAAGCAUCAGCAUUAUUAUUUGAUACAGAUUCAUAUCGUUUUCACCUAAACGAUCGUGUACUUGCUGGUGACAUAAUUCGACCACCUACACAAAAUCCUCCACGUGUUGAACAUAUUAAAUUUACUGAUACACUUGUAUUUUCAUCAAGUGAUGCAGCAAUUGACGAUUAUGAACAUAAUGAAGAAUAUACAAAAAGAUAUCCUGAUGUUAAACCAAAAUUAACUAUAAUAAAUGCUCAACAAGCACAAAUACCGCCUGCUAAUAUACAUACAAAUCCAGGAGACGAAAUUCAACGUUUAGUACAACAAGGAGUACUAAGGAAUUUGCACGGUUAUAUAAAGUAUCCAUAUAAUUAUAUUGAACCUCCUUGGUAUUUUAAUCAAUUAGAUGAACAACAAGGUUUUGUUAAUCUGCAACCACCUCGAAGUUAUUUAACAGCUCGAGAUAUUGCAAUAAAUACGAUUGAUGAAUCCCAUAACAUGCAAUUACCUCAUGGAGUUCCUCAAAAUCCUAUUACACAAGAUCGUUAUGAAUUAAUUCCACUACCUAAAAUGGUUUAUGAAAAUUUUGUUCCAUUAAUUGCAGCACGUCGAAUUGUUUAUCAUCGACAAACACCUGGACGUGUUGCCGGUGAAGCACCUUCUCAAAACAUAGAAAAUUCUUUUGUAAUGGCUUCGUUACCUGAAGUUGAAGAAAUGACAGUUAACGUUUAG